AUGGAAGGUCUUCUGUUCAACGUCAACGGGGGUUAUUUGGAGGGUAUAGUUCGUGGUUAUCGCAAUGCUCUACUGACAGGCACGAACUAUGGCAACCUCACUCAAUGCGAAACGAUCGAAGACGUCAAGACGCAGCUAGGUCCAGCUUACGGCGAGGCGCUCUCGAAUCUUCCUCCAAACCCCUCGACAUCGGCCCUGGCCAGCAAAACUACCGAGAAACUCGUCUCUGACUUCAGAUACCUCCAAGGACAGGCGACAGGAUCGUUGGCAAAAUUCAUGGAAUACCUCACAUACUCAUACAUGAUUGACAAUGUGGCCCUCCUCAUUACUGGGACACUACACGAAAGAGAUACCAAAGAACUGUUAGAGAGAUGCCACCCGCUGGGUUGGUUUGAGACAAUGCCAGUUCUUUGCGUGGCCACCAACAUUGAGGAACUGUAUAACUCAGUCCUUAUCGAGACUCCUCUGGCUCCAUAUUUCAAAGGGAGUUUGAGUCAUCAGGAUCUGGACGAACUCAACAUUGAGAUCGUCCGAAACACCUUGUACAAGAACUAUCUGGAGGAUUUCUACCACUUCGUAAACACGGACCCCGAUAUGGCCAUGACCCCCACGGGGGAGAUCAUGUCUGAAAUCCUCGAGUUCGAAGCUGAUCGACGAGCUAUCAACAUCACCAUAAACUCCUUCGGGACAGAGCUGACCAAGGAACAGAGGAAGAAGCUCUACCCUGAGUUUGGGAAGUUGUAUCCGGAGGGAAUGCUCAUGCUGUCGAGAGCGGACGACCUUGAAGGUGUCGGACUUGCAGUUAGCGGCGUCGGGGACUACAAGCGAUUUUUCGAUGAGGUCGGAUUCAAUCAAACCAGCGGCGUGGGUGCUGGGAACAUGGCUGGAGGCUCAGGUGGGGAAUCCAAGUCUCUGGAGGACAUGUUCUACCAGAAGGAGAUGGAACUUUCCAAGAUGGUUUUCACUCGACAAUUUACCCAUGCAGUCAUAUACGCAUGGGUUAAGUUACGGGAGCAGGAAAUCCGCAACAUCACAUGGAUUGCCGAAUGCAUUGCUCAAAAUCAAAAGGAGAGGAUAGGGAACUACAUCAGUGUGUUCUAA